AUGCGAUUCUCUUCACCCAUCGUUGGCCUCGCCCUGGCUGCCUCCCCCAUCGCCGCCCAAGGAGGAAAGACUAUUAAAGUAAAUAUCGGUGCGGACGGAAAGCUCAUCUACGAUCCCAACAACUUCGAGGCCGCUGUCGGUGACAAAGUCGAAUUCCACUACUUCCCCAAGAACCAUACCGUCACCCAGUCCUCCUUCAAGGAUCCAUGCCAUCCCCUUGAAGGGGGAUUCUUCUCCGGCUUCGUGCCCACCGCCGAUUCUCCCUCCAAAACAACCUUCACCAUUGCAGUCAAGGACACCAAGCCAAUCUGGUUCUACUGCGGCCAGGCCGCUCACUGCCAGAAAGGCAUGAUUGGCGCCAUCAACGCCCCCAAGACUGGAAACACCUUCGAAGCCUUCUCCCAGCUCGCAAUAAAAGCCUCCAACACCACCAAUCCUCCUAGCGGCCCUGUCGGCGGCGUCUUGAGCAACGGCGGCUCUCAAACCAAUUCCACUGCUACUGGUACUUCUGCCACCACAAAGACAUACACAUCUACGUGGACCAGCAACGGUCAGACUUACACAACCACUGCUGCGACGACCGUUGUCGGUGCUCCUGCUCCUGCUCAGACAACAUGGGCUUAUACCACGAAGCCUUACACUUCUACCUGGACUAGCAAUGGACAGGUUUUCACCACCACUGCUACAACGACGUUGAUUACUACUGCUGCUGCUUCUGAUGCUCCUGCUUCGACGUCUACUAGUAAGGGUGCUGCUGCUGCUGCUACUGGUAGCUUUAAUAUUUGGCAUGCUGGGGCGUUGGUUGCCGGAGUUGCUGCUAUGAUGUAA